UCGAGGACGCAACACUCCUCCACCUCUCCGGGGGUGUCCAUGAGCACUUCCUCCACAUUGCGCCUGCAAACAAAUCGGACCCCGUCUUCCUCCUCCUCCUCUCUCCCACCCCUCCUACCCCUCUCUCCCCUGCCGUCCCCUCCUCAGCCGUGUGGUAUCGCCCGACCAUCCAGCACAGAGGCAGACAGAGAGAGCGAGCGCAGUGUUUGGCUGCAGGUCGCCCGGAGAGGGACGCGCACAGCGGCUGAGGAACACAACACUAGACCCGUGUCUCUUACUAGUCUGGUUCUCUCCUCGUCUCCACCUUGCUUUGUCACCAACUUGGGGAAUACUAUCAUCAUCCAAGCCGUAUCCCAGAGGCCCACCUUGGCAGUUAGAGGAGAGGUCAUCACCAUGACAGCGUCCUCGCAGGACUCCACGCCCUCGUCUAUGGCUGGCCUCCUCCUCCUCCUCCUCCUCUUCCCGACUGUUUUCACUCAGGACUCAGUCCCGACAACCCCGUCAUUGUUUGACCCGCUCACCAAACCAGAGUGCACAAAGAAAGAACAUCCAAAGGUUUCCAUCCAAGCACUCAGUCCGUGGAUAUCUACUUUCUCCCGACCGGGUGUGCAAGACUAUUCGCAGCUCACCCUUGACCUGACCAGGAAUGAGCUUAUUGUGGGUGCCAGGAACUACCUGUUCAGACUGGACCUCAGCAACAUGUCGCUGAUACAGGCAACAGAAUGGGCACCGGACGAGGAAACCAGGAGAUCCUGUCAGAGCAAAGGCAAAACAGAGAUUGAAUGUCAGAACUACAUCCGAGUCCUGCUGGUGAACAAGACCGAGGUCAUGACCUGUGGAACCAAUGCUUUCCAGCCUCUGUGUAUAACCAGAGAGGUGGGCAACAUGAGCAGCGUGCUGGAGCGGGUCAACGGUGUGGCGCGGUGUCCGUACGAUCCCCGUCACAACUCUACUGCGGUGGUGACGGAGAGCGGAGAGCUGUUUGCCGCCACCGUCAUUGACUUCUCCGGCCGGGACCCUGUCAUAUACCGCAGCCUGGGUGGGAUGCCACCUCUCCGGACCGCCCAGUAUAACUCAAAAUGGCUCAAUGAGCCACACUUUAUCUCGGCGUAUGACAUCGGCCUCUUCACUUUCUUCUUCCUGAGGGAGAACGCAGUGGAGCACGACUGUGGCAAGACGGUCUAUUCCCGUGUGGCGCGAGUCUGCAAGAACGACAUAGGCGGGCGAUUCCUCCUGGAGGACACGUGGACCACGUUCAUGAAGGCGAGGCUCAACUGCUCCCGCUCCGGCGAGAUCCCCUUCUACUACAACGAGCUGCAGAGCACCUUCUACCUGCCAGAGCAAGACCUCAUCUACGGCAUCUUCACCACCAAUGUCAACAGUAUUGCAGCAUCCGCAGUGUGCGCCUUCAACCUGAGCGCCAUAACGCAGGCAUUCAACGGACCCUUCCGCUCCCAGGAAAACCCUCGCUCCACCUGGCUCCCCACGCCCAACCCCAUCCACAACUUCCAGUGUGGUACCAUAAAUGAUGAGGGUCCCAACGAGGGUUUGACCGAACGCAGCCUGCAGGACGCCCAGAGGCUCUACCUGAUGAACGACGUGGUCCAGCCGGAGUCUGUUGAUCCGCUGGUGAUGCAGGAUGACGUUCGCUUCUCCAACCUGGUGGUGGACAUCGUCCAGGGCAUGGACACGCUCUACCAUGUUAUAUACAUCAGCACGGAAUAUGGCACCAUCCUGAAGGCGCUGGCUACGCCCAACAAGAACCUGCAAGGCUGUUACCUGGAGGAGAUGGAGCUCCUCCCACCAGGGGUACGAGAACCAAUCUUUAGCCUGCAGAUCCUGCACAGUGACAGGUCGCUCUUUGUCGGAUUAAACAACCGAGUCCUGAAGAUUCCACUGGAGAGGUGCUCCACCUACAAAACUGAGAUGCUGUGCUUGGAUGCGAGGGAUCCCUACUGUGGCUGGGACUUCAGGCAGCGGAGAUGCACCACGCUGGAGGACAGCUCCAACAUGAGCCAGUGGAAGCAGAACAUCACUGUCUGUCCGCUGCGGAAUCAAACCACCAAUGGGGGCUUCGGACCCUGGGCGCCGUGGCAACCCUGCAACAACGACGAUGGCGUGGAUGGAGUCAGUUCCUGUUUGUGUCGUUCCAGAUCCUGUGACAGCCCCGCCCCUCGAUGUGGAGGCAAAAACUGUGAGGGCCCCACCAUCGAAGUCGCCAACUGUUCGAGAAACGGAGGCUGGACGCCCUGGUCGUCAUGGGGACAGUGCAGCACGACCUGUGGCACAGGCUUCGAGCUGCGGCAGCGUUCAUGUAACAACCCUUCACCCCGACAUGGCGGCCGGGUGUGUGUGGGGCCGAGCAGGGACGAGCGGUUCUGUAAUGAAGGGGUGCCCUGUCCUCAGCCCAUCUUCUGGUCACCGUGGGGAUCCUGGACCAAGUGCAGCACCGAGUGCGGGGGAGGUGUCCACUCCAGGGUCCGCACGUGUGAGAAUGGCAACAGCUGCCCAGGAUGUGCACUGGAAUACAAGGCCUGUAAUCUAGAGGCAUGUCCGGAGGUCAAGAGGAACACACCCUGGACGCCCUGGAUGCCUGUCAACGUAACACAGGGCGGAGCGCGUCAGGAGCAGAGGAUGCGCUACAUGUGCCGAGCUCACCUGUCCGAUCCUCACGAGCUGCAGAUCGGACGCAGGAAGGUGGAGACGCGGUUCUGUCCCAACGACGGGACAGCGGCCUGCGAGACGGACACCCUCGUCGAGGAGCUCCUGAAAAUACCAGUGGUGAGGGUGGCAGGUGCCGGCUGGUCAUCCUGGGAGUCCUGGUCGAGCUGCUCUCAGAGCUGCGCCAAAGGCUACCGCACCCGUCGGCGAUCCUGUGCUGGACCAGAAGGGAAAAGUGCCCCAGUUGCGUGUCGUGGCUCACCUGUGGAGUAUCAGGACUGUAAUGUCCAGGCGUGUCCUGUGAAAGGUGCAUGGUCCUGCUGGUCGUCCUGGUCCCUGUGCUCAGUGGGUUGCGGCGGCGGUCACUACCAGCGAACACGCUCCUGCAACAGCCCUGCGGCCACCAACGGAGGGGACAUCUGCAUCGGACUACACACCGAAGAGGCCCUCUGCAACACACACACCUGUGAUGAUGGUGCAAGAAGGGAGCAGAUGGUGGCGACUGAGCAGCCGGUGGCUGAGCACCAGACUGACAGGAAAGGUGGCUGGAUGGCCUGGUCGCUGUGGUCGGCGUGUGAUGAUUCAGGCUUGCAGAUGAGGAAUCGGGUGUGUGGCGCUCAGGGCAACACCCCGUGUGUGGGGAACAGCACGCAGCGCAGAGACUGCAAUGAAAUACCUGUCAUUCUCCCUGCAUCUGGUUUUGAUAAGGACCAACAGUGUGGAGCGUUCACCUCCAUCCACCUCAUCGCGACCGGCGUGUCCUGUUUCCUGGGGGCGGGGCUGCUGUCCUUCUUGAUCUACGUCUACUGUCAGCGUUUCCAUAAGCCCUCGCAGGAGUCUGCGGUCAUCCACCCUACCACCCCCAACCACCUCAACUACAAGGGCAACACCACGCCAAAGAAUGAGAAGUACACGCCCAUGGAGUUCAAGACACUGAAUAAAAACAACCUUCUGCCAGAUGAACGAUCCAACUUCUACCCGACGCCCCUCCAGCAGACGAACGUCUACACCACCACCUACUACCCGACGGCGCUCGGCAAGUUCGACUACCAGCCCAACUCUUCCCCUUCGCCGUGCAGAACCUACAACAACAGUAACAACAGCUGAGACACGCCCCAGAACCACCUCUCCAGCCCCCCCUCUGCCGCAGACUCAAAACGGACACCGCCAAAACGCCAUGGUGAAAUAGCUGAACUGACAUGAACUGAAAUGUUUCUCAGAGCCGGGUUCCUCUGUUCACCAUCGCCCCUGCUCCUCGCCGUGUCUUCUGCAUGGCAGGGUUUGUGUUUUCAAGGGCGUUUCUGGAACUUUCCAUCAGGAGAUGUGGGUUUGGACAACAAUGCAGCCAGCAUGGUGUGUGUUAUCUCAAAGGCCUGACUCUACAUAGCAGUGUCAACCCAGAGCAUCGUCUUCAUGAGAGGAUCCAGUGGAAAAGACCAGCAGGGCGAGUUGCGGCUUUAUUGAGAUUAUUAUGGACAAAGGGCACAUCAGCACAGGUGCUGAGUCGAGCAUUCACAAUUACAGAAUUGAAAAGAGCAUAAAAAAAAGAAGAAAAAAAAAAAAUCCAUUUCCCUGGAUCUGGGUCACCGUUUCUCUCCUCUCCGUUGCAGCCAUUUUAAGCCUGUAAUGAACUUUGAGUCCCUCGACAACAAAAGCAGUUACUGAGAAUAAACAGCGCAUAUCGUAAUGUCCUUGCCACACAGCGAGGAGCGGGAGAACAACAAUGAAGUCGAUGAUGAAAUAAAUUAGAGAUCAAUAUCAGCCCGGUUGUGCGGAGGGGGAUAUGCACGCCCUCCAUUGUUGCUAUUCUAUUCGAAAGAAAAGAUAAGAACUUCUGAGUGAAGUUUUUGGAUGGCGGCUUGGAGGAGUUACCGGUUGGAAAUAAUCGUUUAAAUCUGCUCAUGAUCAAAGCCUUUUGAGGAGCAAGGACAUUUAUUUGCAGCAUUGAAGCGGGGGGGGGGGGGGG